AGAGAAAGAGGAUCCCUUUUUCAACAGGAUCGAUUUUUUUUCCCCCCUCGACUGGAUAUGAGGCAUGGUUUUGACAUUUACAUUGAGAGCAGAAUAGGAUGACAAAUGAUAGAUAUGAAAUAAGAAGAAUACGGAUUAGUAUUCCUGAGUGAGCAGGGGCCAGUGGCAAUCAAGAAUCCUGAAUCCGGUAUCUGGUUCCAUGUUUUGCUGUGUACCAGUGGAGUCCGUGGAAGAUGCCGAGAUCGCUGCAGAGGAGCUCUAAACACACAGCUUAACACCAGCACUGGGGAGAUCGGCUCCUCUCCUCUCCACUCCUCUGCUCUUGGGGAGGCGACGGGAAAGAGAGACAGCAGAGAGAGGGGGGAACGGAAAAACGGGAAAAGACAGAGAGUAGCUGUUUUUCCCCAGGCUGCUCGGACUAUUAGCCUGUGUGUGUGAUUUUUUUUUUUCCUGGUUCUCUCUCUCUCUCUCACAUAACUGGGAUGGUUUGAAGAAGACUUAUAUGUGAUGCUUCCUGCACAGAGUGAGGAGCUGUUUAUAGGGUGAGGCAUUCACUAGCAGGGGCCGAUGGGUCCUGCCAUCAGAGCGCCACCGUCCUGUGUGUGCGAGGGCAGCGGUGGGCGUGAGUGGGAGACUGAAUCAAAGACCAGCAGUAUUCCCCCUGGUCACCAUCCAGAGAUUUCAAUGAGGAUAGUAGCCUCGCUCCACGCAGGAACAUGAAGGGCUUAUCAGGUGGUCGUGCGCCGCACCAGAUUCCCACACUGCCCCCGUGUGGACUGGCGGAGUGCGAGCAUCUCCAUGACCUGCACGGCAUGCAUGUGUCCGAUCUACGCCACUCCUACCUGCUCAGCCCCACGGAGACCUGCGUCAUGGACUUCCAUCACCGUCUUUCCCCCCGCAGCUCCAUUCACUCUGAUUGCAUGAUCAUGUCACCCAUGGUGCUACCUUCCACUGCCCCUGCCGACCAUGUCUCCAGCAGCACCUUUCCCAGAAUGCACUACAGUUCACAGUACUACGACCCAGCUGCCCGGGAAGACUGUGCAGCCAUCACCACCUCAGCCACAUCUGCUGCCGCCGCUGCUGCAACAUCUGCCUCUCACCACGGCAGCAGCAAGAGCAACCGCAUCCCCGCAAACCUGCUGGACCAGUUUGAAAAGCAGCUUCCGCUUCAUCGCGACGGCUUCCAUACGCUGCAGUACCAACGCACAUCUGCCGCCACUGGAGGGGAACAGCGCAGCGAGAGCCCCGGUCGUAUCCGACACCUGGUGCACUCCGUCCAGAAGCUCUUCACCAAGUCCCACUCACUGGAGGGAUCGUCCAAGAUGAAUGGCACUAAAGGUGACAGUGGAGGUGGGGGAAGCCAUCACCAUCACCAUGGCAAUCAUCACUCAUCCAAGCACGGCAGCAAGCGCAGUAAAAGCAAAGAGCGCAGGCACCGGUCGGGGACAGGAGGAUGGUGGAGCUCGGAUGACAACCUAGACAGCGACAGCACCUACCGCACGGCCAGCGCUUUGAGCCGCCACCAUCAUGAACACGUCGGUCACAGUUUCCCAGAAUCCAUGCACACUCACUUUGGAGACCACUCGCUCAAAACCUCCAAAAGCAACAAUGACGUCAAGUGUUCGGCCUGUGAAUCCAUGGCACCUGAGGGAAAGUUCAUGAAGAGGAGUUCCUGGUCAACACUUACCGUCAGCCAGGCCAAGGAGGCUUAUCGAAAGUCCUCCCUUAACCUGGAGAAGCCCAUGAUGCAUCAGGACUAUAAACCAUCAUUCCGGUCCACACACUACCUACAGGUGCCUCAGGAUGAGUGGGGGGGUUAUCCAGGGAUUGAGAGGGAUGACGAGAUUCCGUGUCGCCGGAUGCGGAGCAGUAGUUACGUCAAAGCCAUGGGAGAUGAUGAUAGUGGUGAGUCUGAUACCAGCCCCAAGACGUCACCUCAGAAGACUGUGCGGCCCGAUGCCCUUGUCCUCAAAUCAGCCUUGCAGAGGCCACAUAUAGACACCCAAAGCCCGGGCUACCACUUGCAAACAGCGAGAGAUAUGCGCCCUCACCCCAGCGUGUCUCUGGACCCAGCAACCAACUUCAACCCUCCACAGUUUCGCUCCAGAAACCAGAGCUACAUGCGUGCAGUCAGUACCUUCAGUCAGGCAAGCUGUGUCAGCCAGGUGAGUGAGACUGAGGUCAAUGGCCAGUUUGAGUCAGUUUGCGAGUCCGUUUUUAGUGAAGUAGAAUCCCAGGCCGUGGAGGCCUUGGACCUGCCCGGCUCUUUCCGCACUCGAAGCCACAGUUACCUGCGUGCAAUUCAGGCUGGGUAUUCCCAAGAUGACGACUGCUUGCCUUCAAUGACAUCUUCUACUGUCACUUCAACUCUCAGAUCCACAACAGGGAUCCAGUUUCGUCUCCCUACUGCCUGUAGUGCGGAUCGAACAGAAACCCCCACCCCAGCGGCAGUAACAUAUACACCUGGCUACAAGAAGACUCCUCCACCUGUUCCUCCUCGUUCCACCACUAAGCCGCUGAUUUCCGUAACAGCCCAAAGCAGCACAGAGUCUACGCAAGACGCAUACCAUGAAGGUCGGCUGCCACGCGGAGGACUUUGGUCACAGGACAGCCUUGGCCGGGUUAUCUACAACUCCACCGACAGUCUGGACAGCGCUAAAGCAGUGACCCUAGCAAUGGAGACCGCUUCCAAGCGCCUCACAUCUGCAGGGAGCUACAGCUCUGUUCAAACCUGUGAUAAGGCCAUCCUGGUGUCCAAAGCAGAGGAAUACCUCAAGACUCCACGCUCUUCCAUCGGGAUACAGGUGGAAGCGGCCACAGAUUCUGAGACAGAUAGUAAAGGUCUCCCGCAGUAUCAGUCCGUGGGUAUCCAGGUAGAGGAUGAGAAGAGGCUUGGGCGCUUUAAACGGUCUAACAGUGUGACAACGGCAGUUCAGGCCGAUUUGGAGCUGGAGGGGUUUCCUUCGACUGAAGACAAGAGUCUGCAGUUUGGAGGAUUUCAGCGGCAUUCUGAACCCAGUACGCCUACACAAUAUAAUGUGGUUCGGACCGUACGCACACAGGGCCUCUUCAGCUACCGUGAGGACUACCGGCCCUCCAGCGGACCACCCAGCCCACAGCCCGAACCCUGGCUGGUGGAACCCACUCAUGAAGCAGCCGAAUCUGGCCGUGUGUCGCCGCUCCGCCGUGAUGGCAGCUGGUUCAUGCAGCUUCUGCACAGCGAGACCAAACGUUUGGAGGGAUGGUGCAAAGAUAUGGAACGUGAGGCGGAGGAGCAUGACUUAUCGGAGGAGAUUCUUGGGAAGAUCCGGAGUGCUGUGGGCAGUGCUCACCUCCUCAUGUCCCAGAAAUUCCAGCAGUUUUACUGGUUGUGUCAGCAAAAUCUGGACCCCAGUGCAAUGCCCCGCCCCACAGCUCAGGACCUGGCUGGGUUCUGGGAUCUCCUGCAGCUCUCCAUCGAUGAUGUCACUGCCAAGUUUGAUGAGCUGCAGCAAAUCAAGAGCAACGAGUGGAGGAUAGUGGAGAGUCCAGAGAAGAAGGAAAGAAAAUGGCCACCUCCUGUUACAAAGAGGCCUCCUAAAGGUCGCGGAGCUGUUACGCGUGAGCGCUCCUUGGAUCUGCAGGACAGACAGAGGCAAGAGGCCCGCCGCAGGCUCUUGGCUGCUAAACGGGCUGCGUCUUUCCGUCAGAACUCAGCUACAGAGCGGGCCGACAGCAUAGAAAUCUAUAUCCCUGAAGCCCAAACCCGUUUAUGAAACACACAAAUGCUACGCCUCACCAAUGCGCUUCACCAACAGGGUACAUCAUUCAGCUCCAUGUCACUGCUCCACCCGUACACAUUCUCACGUGUUACACAUAUUCUUCCUCUGCUCAUCAUCUACUCUGAGCUGAGAAUAGUGGUGAGUUUAUAUAUGCCUCAAACAGAGCUCAAUGCAAAAAGGUCAAGGCAGUCUAUGCCCUCCAAGACCUGCAGCUACUGCAACCCAGUUUGGAUUUCAGUUUUAGUACGUUUAGAGGACAAAACUAAGGCUUUGUUCACACUGCACACAAAUUCGAUUUGGUUUCCAAUUUUUAGGACACAAUUCUUAUAUUCGCUUUCAUGCACAUAAUGAGUCCAAAACCACUCACUAUUCACCACAUAGUGAAUGUUCUGUAGCCCAUAAAAGAAACAUGGUUAUGGGGUAAAAAGACUGGAGGAAAAAUUAUAUUUAUAUAGUUUUAUAUAUUUAUAUAUAUAUAGUUAUAUAAAACUUUGUGUUCUCUUGCAAAACUUUUGUGUUCACUUAAAACUUUUGAGUUUCCCCAAAAAACUUUGCAUUCACUCGCAAAACUUUUGCAUUCUACCAAGAAACUGUAUUUGCUCACAAAACUUUUGUGUUGAAAAUAAUAUGAUGGGGAGGAAAACGUUUCAGGUUAUGACUGUAAACCAAGGUUUCCUCAGAAAGGGAAUGAGACACUGUGUCUUGGAUUGAUGCUAUGGGGAACACCAUUAGCAUGAACGGUGUCUGAAGCACAUGUGACAAACGCGCCAAUUUUAUUGGCUGACGACUGUCCAUGACAUAACUAGUGGAGUGCCUGUGAGUAUAAGAGGGUGUCUGUAAUACACAUCAUCAACUCUUUUGUCUGAAGGAGAUGCGUAGGCAUGCCCAAGGCAUGGCAAUGAGACGCAGUGUCUCAUUCCCCUUCUUAUGGAAUCAUGGUUACUGUUGUAACCUGUGAUGUUCCCUUUCGAAGUGGAACUCAACACUGCGUCUUGGACUGAUGCUAUGGGGAACAAAUACCCACUAUGCCACGCUGAGGGAAAGCUUGUCUUAUUAAGCUGUGAAUAUGCACAAGCAUAAUGGGCAUAGCAUAAUUUGACACUACGGAUUACUUAGCCGGAGUCAGAGCAUCAAUAAGGUGUGCAUACAAAAAGACUUAUAUAGACUGUCUAGUGCAGAGGUGGGCAAACUCGGUCCUGGAGGGCCACUGCCCUGCAGAGUUUAGCUCCAACCCUAAUCAAACACACCUGAACCAGCUAAUCAAUGUCUUCAGGAUUACUAGAAAACCACAGGCAGGUGAGUUUUAUCAGGGUUGGAGCUAAACUAUGCAGGGCACGAGUUUGCCCACAGGACCGAGUUUGCCCACCCCUGGUCUAGUGGUACCACUCCUUAAGCAACUAUCUUUCAAUAAUAGAAUAUACCCAAGCUUCUAUGCUCUUAUAACAAGGGAUUUUGCAGCCUUUACAACCUUCCUCCUUCUCUUGUGGGCCAGGCGUCAGCCUUAUGAGCCCCCAAGAGCGGAGCUCUAACGGAAUGAAUGGCUCAGCUAUGUCAGCUUCUUUUGCUUUGACACAGCCCUUGGGGAGUAUCUGCCAAAAGGAGAAUAUUUUCAACUACGAUCUUACAUAUUACUUCCAGGCGGAGAAUGCAACCCAAAUCUUCAUCCGAAGGAAUGCAAAUAAAAGAGUGGCAACAUAUAGUUGUCAAAGAUUCUCGCCAUGAAACUCAACCCCUAGGAAAACUGGGGAGCUCCAGCUCUACUUAAAUACCCUGAAUAAUUGUGAGAGAGAGCUCACAUCCUGCUUGCAAAACCCACCAAAGGGGAGUAAAAAGACCCUAAUUUAAGACCCAACAACAGUUGGGGAGGGAAUACAAAUUACUACUUCCAGAGGGAGAAUGCACUCUACCUUAGCCCUGCUAUAGCUAGUGCUUCAUCUUUUUCUUUUAGCACCAGACCAUACGGUAGUAUGUGACAGAUUACAAGGAGGGAUACCUGCAGGUGAACUUCCUCUACUUGUUAGCAUUUUUAAAUCAGGGCCAUAGUAGAGCCUUCCAAAAGCUAUAUCCCUACUUCAAGACCCAACAGUCAUCGGGAAGGGAGGUAUACAAAGUAGAGGGAAUCUAUAUGGCCCUAUAAACAAAAAAGCAGGCUACAUUUUGCCAGUAGCUCUCAUCCACCCUACUGUAACCCCAAGGAGGCUGCAGGGGAGCUUAUGCUCAACUUAUAAAACCUAUUACACUAGGGGAGAGGCACUUCUUAAUAAAGGCACUUCUUCCAGGCCCUGCUAUAAUAUUGAACAUGGGUCUUACUAGAGAGGCCUAUGAAGCACCCAUCCAAAAGGGAAGCAUACAUCCCUACUUCCAACACCCAACAGUACUUGAAGAGCGAGGUAAAUGAAGUAGAGGGAAUCUAUACUGCCCUACGUAACUCUUUUCACUCUGCAUCAACAUUUAAAGGGGUACCUACUAAGGAACUCAUUCACACGGGAGCAUAAUUCUACUUUAGACCCUAAGAUAGGAGAGAACAUAGCUCAACCCUGGAAAAAGAUACUUUCAGGAUAUCAGGGUGGAGCGAGAUGUCUUCGAGAGACAAUCAACCUCUGCCCACAGCCACCGAUCACUGCCACUCUCACAUUGGGGGGCAGGUAAAAGUAUCUUGCCAAAAACACACCAGCAUGCAUAAGUAAUCAAGCACUGCUUAGUGUACACUAUGGCUACGUUCACACUGCAAGCCUUAAUGCUCAAUUCUGAUUUUUGCUCAGAUCUGAUUUUUUUGUAUAGCUGUUCACAUUGUUUUAAAUGUGGCCAAUAUAAGAUUUUAACAGAUCAUGGUUCUGAACUGACCUGCAUGCGCAAAAGAAUGAUAGAAACAGGGUUGCCAGGUUUUUACCACAAAAUCCAUUAAAUUGCUUCUCAAAACUAGUCCAAAACUAACCCAAUCGCGUUCCGUGGGGUAUCCCGGUAAAAAUUGUGUUCCGUGGCUUAAAUAUCGCAUUAGUGUGGUCGCUUCAACCCACGGAGUUGCAAAGCAACCUGUGGCAACAGUGAAAAAUUAACCCAAUUCUGCAGGAAAAUCACGGACUUGGCAACACACACAGCGCGCUGUCAUACGUAAGUAAACGCGGAGGGCAUUAAAGUAAGUGAUUACACAUUUAUUUAUAGUGUGAUCUGCCCCGAAAGCCAGUGAAAUUAUGCGCAGGCAAUAUGAACAAUAAAGAUAGUGAUGUGACAAAAAAGAGCAGAGUUUUGAAAAUUUUAUAAUAUGAGCCCUCAUGUUUUGCUUGUAUUAUAGAGCUGUCUGACACUGUCUGAGUUCUGACACAUCAAUGCCCUUCUACUGAUUACCUUUCGCAACUGUCUAGAUAACGUUGGGUAUGUAAAAUCUUUAAAUAGACUACCAUGAGUGCAGAAUCAUGACGAAUGUUGAUCUUGAGUUACAUAAAAAUCGCAUGAAUUCCGAUAUAACUGUUGCAUUACAAAACAUCUGACCUGUAUCAGAUUUAGUGCCACAUACAGUAUGGAAGGCUCAAAUCAGAAUUGAAAAGAUCAGAUUCCAUGUGGUUUGUACUGUUCACACUGUCAUGGGGAAAACAGAUAUGAGUCACAAAUACCCAAAAAAAAAACAGAUUUGGGCCACAUUUACCUGCAGUGUGAUUGUAGCCUCAGAGCGAUUUCUGAUUCCUGUUUUUCUUCUAACCAAACACCUGCUCCAUUCCUGUGCCAAAUCGACAAUGGUUGCUUUCAUAUCAAAGCUCCAGAAGAGAACGCUGCCACAAAUCGAUCAAAGCUGCCGUUUUGCUACUUCAGCAGACAUGGGGCCUGAACCGUGAGGGUGAGCUCCCUCACUACGGCUCAUAACAGAGAGCACAUUCAGCCCCCUCCAGAGCUGAACACGCUAGCUCUAUUGGCAAGGAGGGAGCCUUCACAGAGGAUGCAACACCAGGAGAGAGAUAGCUCUUAAGCAGCACUUCAACUGGGGCAUCCCUGCAUAUUGUUAUUACAAAUUUCUCCAUUACCUCAAAAAAUCUAGGAGGAAUAAGGCUCAUAAACUAAUAUGUGGGGCAGCAGAGAAAGCAGAUAUUAUUAUUAUUUUAAUAACACCUGCCUCAUAUCUUUCUGCAUCUAAUCCCUCAGAAUCAGACACACCACAUUAUCAAAUGCUAGACUCUCAUCCCUCGAUAGAGAGUCAAGCCAGGGCAGAGCUUCUCAUGGCGAAUGCAUCACAAUAAAUACAUUCAAGUCCUUUGAGAGCUGAGUGCAUUCUGUACAUAUGCUAGUCUCUCUUAUUGUUUAGAGAGACUACAAUAACAGAGUUUUCUACCAUGAAUGCAUCGUCAUGAGUGCCUCCUAUUCCCUUGAGCCGAAGGCGCUCCAUGCAAAUGCUAUAUUCUCAUCCCUUGGGAGAGAAUAAAGCAAGAAAGAGGCUCCUAAAGACAAAAAAGCUGAUGAUGUAUAUUAUUACAGGCUCCCUCUAGUGCUAGUGACAUCAUGAACUGUCGUCGGCCAAAAAAAUUGCCGUGUUUGUCACACAUGCUUCAGACACCGGUCACAUUGAUGCCGUUCCCCAUAGCAUCAAUCCAAGACGCAGUGUUGAGUUCCACUUCGGAAGAGAAACUGUAUUUCAAUGCUUUUGCAGGAGAAUGCAAAAGUUUUGAAAAGUUUUGCGAGUAACACAAAAAAUUUGCGAGUGAAUGCAAAGUUUCUCAGAGGAAUGUAGUAGAUUUGUGAGAAAAUGCUACAUUUUUGUGAAAGCAUUCAAAUCUAGUUUUUUUCCAUCUAUUUACCCCCAUCAACAUGUCCCUUUAGGGGAUCAAUAGAAUGUCACUUAAUUCAAUAUAUGAGGAAAAAAUUUAAAACAAAGAGACUGCUGGAAUGAUGAAAAAAGUGCUUGAAAUGUAAUCUGACCCUUCAAAUGCAUUCCAAAAGAUUUUAAUCUGAUUUCAAACCACAUUUGUGUGUACUGUAGUUUGGAAACAUCGGAUUCCAAAAAAUCUGAUUUUUGCUACCUGUCUGAACAAAGCCUAGUGUAGCCCUCAGCAUAGGCACAGUUAACACUCCUUUUAGAAUAUUUAUUCUAUAGCACUGGCACAAAACUAUUGUCACAGCAUAGUCACUUCACCAACAUCAUCAUUCCCACAAACAGGAACACAAAAUGACUUUAAACUUGACUUUAUAUGGAGUUUAGAUUUAAAUAAGCAAACAAAUUUGUUUGCAAACAAAAUUAUAAAGUUUCCACUGCUUAAAAUGUUAUACAAAGCAGUUCUACUUCUUAAAUUAUCCACAUUUGUAUUUCCAACGGAAAUGUUGAUCUUGAUCCUUGUGAUGUUGUCACAUUUGGGAAUUUGCAUGAAGGUAUUGCUUCUAGACUUCAAUUUAGUUUUAGCUUCAGGGUUGACAGAUUUAAUCUAGUUCUGGACUAAACUGCACUGUCAAAAAGAGUUUUAAAAAUCCUUUUAUUCAAUGACUAAUGUUUAAAGUUCAUUCAGCCCAAAAAGGCCUUGAUAUCAUUCAGUCAUACAGUAACAGCUUGACUUUCAUUGACUGACCACCGGUUUUACACAAAAACAUUUACAGAGAAGUAUUUAUAACACCAAUCUUCCUCAACAUUCACCCUCAAGGUAGUCUGUGACAUAUAAAGGUGCAAAAGAAACUUUAAUAAUAUUACUGUAAAUGGUGCUGCUUUAUACUCUAAAAUGUAGAAGCCCCCUCCUCUCCUUUCUGCACAGCACUAUAAACCACCUGUGGACUUUUUUAAAGGGAGGUUUAACAGUGUCUCAAUGCAUCUCGGAUUAUCGUAUUUAUGGUCACUGGUUUGUUGAAAAGAUAUACUUUUAUUUUAGGUUAGACAUUUAUGUUUUUUGUAUAUCACACUUUUCGGUCCAGCAUUUGCACAAAGAUGUGCCCAUUUGCCUUGUCAUCUUUGAGAACAGAAACCCGGGUGUCCAAUAGACAGAGGUCUCUAUGAUGAAUUGUUGAAUUCAAAUACCAUAUUUUUGGUUGGGUGGCAACAACGCUCCUUUUUUAUUUCUAAUUUGGCUUGAGGUUCUUUAUUACUUUAAUUGUAGACUAAAUAAAAACCAACAGCAGCAUUAGAUUCAGUACCUUAUACUUGUAAAUAUGGUUGCGGUUAUUUUUCCCUUUACUGGCACAAUAUUAACUGUGCAUAUAAUGAUUCCGAUUUUUUUCCCACUGGUUCCAGGCCUAACUAUCCCAGAGAUGGCCGUUUGCUACGUCACUAGCUGUAUUGUCUAUCCUCUUAGCAUAACUGCUGCUUACAUUCAUAAGUUGUUAGAAAGCAGCAAAUAAAUCCUUGGCUUUUUAGCUAUUUCCUUUACCUGGCAGCCUUACAGCAUCUUAAGCAAAAAGCGUUGUGAAUGUAUGCCCUGCUCUUGCAAAAAAAAGUAAGUAAAUAAAUAAAUGAAAAUAAAAUGAAGAAGAAUUAUAAGAAGAGAAGGAACUGUCAAUAACUGUUUGUGCUCUCAUUUAAAAAAAUCAGUAAAUUCUGUUUUGCUGUAUGGGAAAAAAAAUAUUUAUAUAUUCGGUAAUGAUUUGUUUACACCAUGGUUAAAGCAAAGGGAUAGUUCAACCAAAAAUCUAUGUACUCUUAUCUCCUUAUCUUUACAAUAUGUCCAUCAGAACCCCAUUGGUUUUUGCUUCCCAGGGAACGCAAAAGGUGUUAUUUAGUGAAUAUUUAGGCCGCUCAUUUAAAAAGGAUGGUGACCAUUAACUGGCAAGAUUUAAAAAUGACAAAAUAGUAUGAGAUAUUUCUAUUCCUCUCAGUGGCAUUUGCUCGGAUGGCGCAGAACAACUGUUGCUCUCGUGUAGCCAGACCUUCAGACUGAAGGUCUGGACUCCAUAGCAGCUUUCAUUUCCCAAGGACCACCCAGAGGCCUUCUGUUCUGACUGAAAUGUAAAGCAACCAAUCACAGUUUGUUUUGUUCAGCAUCAUGUUUAGGGGCGUGAAAAUGUGAAAACAACAUCCCCACAAUAAAAGACCAGUGUGCAAUUCUACGGAGCCCCUCAAGGGACACAAAUCUAGCAAGAGAAUGCAAAAGCAUUGAAAUAUAUUUUUUCCUCCCAUCCCAUAUUUUUUUCCACUCUUUAGGGGCUCCGUACAAUUCAUUUAAGAACAUUGUGCAAGUUUACUUCAACAAUGGCACAACAAUGGUUCUGUGAACUUCACAUACUUUUGAAAUCCAGCGUUUAGUUGAUCCUGAUGAGAACUCCCCUGAUAAGGGGGUUUGGCAUCAUGGCCAUUAAAGAACGCGACACACACAUCUCCCGGAAAUCUUGGAGAAUUCAAUCAAUCAGAUAACAACUUCGAAAUUCCCAAAGUGUUUCCCAUGUUUUUGUUGUCGCAAGUUCCAUCACUAUUAUCAGUUUCCUGUUUCCUGAAACCAAACAUUCGCAAAAAGCACUGCAAACUUGUGUGGUUGGAACUACAGUUCUCGACCUGUAGUUAGAAGCAUAGUUUAUUGUUAGCAUGAUGUGGACUUAAAUAUAUAUCAAACUCUUGAGCACAAUAUCCAAGCUAACAUGCAGUACAUUCUAUAGCCUUCAUUCCAUUUAAAUAUGUCUUAGCAUGUCAACAAUCAGUGCCGUUUUUGCAGAGAACCACAUAUAUAGCCUACAGGAGUACAGGCCCGUUCAGACCAGGGACUUUAACGAUAAAGAUGUAGUUUUAGUUUUAAAAACUGCUCUAAAUGUAAAGGUACAGCAGAGUCCACCACAACUAUAACAAUCACUUUCAAAACAAUUAUUUCCAGCCAUAGGCGCCGAUUUAUGUUUCUGCCGGUGGGUGCCCAGUAUACCCCAUAAACAGAACAAUAUUGUGUGUUAGUGUGGACGCCAAUAUAGUUAUCAUUAUAGUUAUUGUUCUUGGUGUGAACGGGCCUUAAAGUGUCCUUUUUUUGUACAAAAAAAAAAAAAAAAAAAAAGGUUUUUGUGUUAAAUGCAACCAAUGUUACUACGGUUUUGGGAAACAGUUAACUAGUUAGUUAGUUUCAAUGAUACAUCACGCUACGGUGGUUAAUGUUAUGCUGUUUUACGGGAAACACACACCUGAUCUGUGAUGUGAAAGUAAGCAGAUGGAAAAUAUAAUAUCCUUUUCAUGUUUAAGAGCAUAAAUAUAGUGCAUGAAUAUCUUUUUGUCCUUUUUAGAGCUUGACAGUCUGGGUCACCAUACCUCACUGCAAAGACAAAAGCAGACAGGAGAUUCAGCAAAAUAAUUCAGUUAAAUGAAAUGAUAUUGAUAGACCUUUCAUUUUAUUGUGAAUUAUCCCUUUAAGAAACACAGUGUUGUUGAAGAAUAAGGCUGAAGUGAGAUAUGUUGAGUGUGUAAUGCUGUGCUUUUACAUGACUCAGUAUUGCUGUCUCAAUUCUUGUCUCAAUGUAUUGAAAGCACUACAUACACAGAGAAACAAUCAGCGCUUUCCAAUUAGUCCUAAUAGUUUGAGAAGAAGUUAUCUAAACUCAUGGGAAAGGUAGAUAAAGAAAUUUUGUGCUUGAGGUUCUUCUAGAGGAAAGUCACCUAGAGGAAAGACAGUGACAUGCUACCAACUGCUGCUAAAUACGUACAUUGAGGUACAGUUAUCACCUUGCACAUUUUAUAUGAAUAGAUAACAGCUGAAAUAUGAUAGUCCACAGGACGUGAUCUUUUAUCCAAACGCAAGUACAUUACUAGGUCCCUUUUACAAACACAAAGAUAUUGUACUGGAAAAAUGUGUUUAGGCAGUGCUGACAAGUUGUGGCAUAGAUGUAUCGCUGCUUGUGUAAAUGUAAAUAGCUGUAGAGUGCCAUCACCUGACACACACCACAAUCUGUUUUUUCUUUCUUUCUAUUUUAGUAGAGAUCUAGCAGAUAUAGGUAAUUAUAAAAGGUGGAAACAUCCAUAGGUGCCUUAUAAUCAGUGUUGGAGACUUAAAAUGAUUUGCAUGAGAUACGGCUUAUGCAGAGGAAAUGUCGCUUAUGGUCAAAGACUGGCGAAACCCUGCAGUAUUGUUUCUUUUCAUGCAUUUCAGAUCAUCUGAUCAUUUAGGGGCUCAAAGAUGUUAAAACAGAUGCAUGAUUGGUGGAUCAUUGUCCAGCAGAUGACAUUUUGAUAAGAAUUUUUUGCUUAGAACGUAAUUUUCAUCUCUUGGAUUAUCGUGUGGGUCUAUUGUGGGUUCUGUAUUUGAUCAGGACUGUGUGAUAGUGAUGUGUUCAGUAAAAAUUAUUGACAGCAAUUAGGAGUAUUAAUAUAGCGUAUAUUCAAAGUUUAAGUCUAAAGGUGCGGUCACAUUGCACUGUUUCUCAUACGAACAGGUGAGUGACUUUUCAUAUAAUGAAAAGUCUUCAAUUCCAAGAAUGCAAACCUCAAAGCUGCACGUUAUAGAAAGUUGGAGUAGUUAGAAAAUAACAUUUAACAUUUUAAGCAACAUAUGCUCAUUGAAAAAAUGUGCCUCUGCCUACAUUUCUCCAAAAACACCUAUAAAUUCUAUACAUUGUUGUACAUAUACAUACGCAGCAAAACACCAAAAACUAAACUUUUUUUCCUUUUCAUGCAAAUUAUGAUUAAAGGCACAGAUAGAUUAUUGAUUAAUAACAGCUUUUUUCCUUUUUUUUUUUUUUUGCACGGUUCCUUGCACAAUAUGAUGUUAAGACCUCAGAACACUUUUACCAUAAUGCAUGAUUUGUAAACUAAUACAUUUUAUACAGUUUUUUGACAUAGUAAACUUGCUCGGUAGCCCACUUGAUACAGCAUUGCACUUGAGAUGAAGUGCAUUCGAGUAGUGUUGUAGUCAAGACCACCUAAACUGAGACCAAGUCGAGACCAAGACCAGUGCGUGUCAAGACCAAAACAAGACCAAGACUUUGAGGGGUUGAGACCAAGACAAGGCCGAGACCAAGACAAGGCCAAGACCAAAGCAAGUCAGGACCGAGUCAAGACCAAGACCAGACUAGCACUCCUCAAAUUCAGCUGAAAGAUCCACAUUUACUGCCUGAGAAAUGUCUUAUUUUUAAUCAAUAAUUACAAUUAGAAUAAUAAGACACUAUAUAGAGCUGUUACCAAUCAAUUGAAAUCACUAACAACAAAAUUCAUCUUUACACUGCAGAGGUGGAACAGAAGAUGCAUCUGAAUUGGUACAAUUACAAAGACAUAAAUAAAUAAUGUUGAGAUUAAUGUUUUAAAAAUAACAUUUUGUUUAUUGAACAUUUAUAAAAAAUCAUCAUGUUUGCAAUUGUGCUCAUAUUUGUGAAAACAGCCCUCUUUCUUGCGAUAUUGCUUAAUUAUAUCAUGUUAUAAUAUAAAUAUCAAGAUCUUAUACAAGUACUUUUUUGCAAUCAUAUUUUGAAUUUUGUAGGCAUUUGUAUUCAUUUUGGUGACAUUUUUGACACAAUUCCAUGUUGAUUUCUGACCCAACACAACAGUAACAAAAUAUAUUAAAUUAGAAAUAAGUUAUUGAUUGCAUUUGAAGCAGGAAGUUUUACAUCCAAUCAAAUUAAUGAUGUUAACAAAGAAAUCAGACAAUGCAACGGCAAUUUAGCAAUAUCCCCGCAGUUGUGGUCCUGACCGGUCUUGAAAUAAAGUCCCGAGUCCUUUUAUUCUGAGACCAAGACAAGACCAAAUGAGGCCAAGACCAAGACAAGACCUUCAAAAAAUGGUCUUAAGACCGGUUACAAGACCAAGACCGGUCUCGAGUACUACAACACUACAGCAAGUACUGUGAAACACGAAUCACAACACUCAAAAGAGCUCAAAGACUUGUAGAAGCAAACAAAAAUAUCGAGGCUUCAGCAAAUGUGCUUUUAUCUCACAUUUGCUUUUGUUAACGCCAUCGAUUUGGUUUAGGGCAGAGUUCAGUGUAAGUGGUACGUUAUUGUCAAAUGCAAUAGAGCAUUCACUUUUUAGCGCGAUUCUCAGGAAAUUACAUUUCCGAAUUGCCAGAAUACAGUAUGUAGUACAACCAAUGUAAUAAAACAUUGCCACAAACAUCUGUUUCGGAUAAAACUAAAAAAGCCUUUGGUCCACUCACUGGAUAUUUCACUUUGAAAGUGUAGUGAAAUUUUAAAAAAGCAAUGUAACAUAUAUAUUUGCCACAGGCAGAUAUUUCCAAUGAGCCUCGGUCGAUUUUAAAUGUAUGUGUUAUUUGUGAUUUAUUAUUAAUAAUGUUGACAUCAUAUCCGGUUGCCCAUAUUCAUUGUGGCGUCUGAAGUGUGACCGCACCUUAAGACCGAGGAAAGUGUCAAAUGCAGGUAACUUUAGUUUUGUUCUAUAUCUGUCCUCUGUUAUGACGGACACAUGAGGGCUUCACAUUAUACAUCUCUACAAAACCCAAUACACAGUAUUAGACUAAAUGCCAGUGUCCACCUCUCGUGUGCUUACACACUCUACCAGACUUGCCAGAAUGUGCAAUAGUGUAUAAAUACAUGGCAGGCACAUGGUGUCAUUACCUCUUAGUGUGUGGUAUUAAUGGCAGGACACUACGCUAUCGCUAGUAGAGUCUCUCUACUAGUACUGAGUCUCUCUGCGAUCAGUUCAAGGCAAACAGAGCUAUUUGUCAUGCCUUUCUACUAUGCAGCAGCUCUAGUCUGACUUUUUGAAUUUCAUAAGAAACACUUAUUCACCGAAACUGUUUUACCCAUUAUUGUGAAUAUAUAUUUUAUUGAGGAAUAACAAAAUAGGCCUUGCAACCCUGUUGAAAAGAUACAUUAGAGCUGGUAUGAUGCUGGUCUAGCUGGUGGACCAGCGUAGCUUUGCUGUUCACCAGCAAAACGUACUAGUCCACAAAGGUGAUCUGGGGUGCAUUUCCCGAACGCAUCAUUAGUCAACUAUGGUCGUAAGUCCCAUUGAUCUCUAUUGGUAAUGACCCACUCUAUUGGUAAGUCCCAUUGAACUCUAUUGGAACUUACGACCAUAGUUCGCUUUGGGAAACGCACCCGUCUAGUAAAGCUGGUUGACCUAGGUUGGCCCACAAAGUUAAAAUAUCUUAAAUAAAUUAUGUUAUGACUGAAAUCCGGUCUUUUAGACUCAAUUCUUUCUGAUUUGGAUAAUUUAUGCUCAGAUUCAAAGAGAAAAUUCAUAAAAAAAAUAAAUUCUCUUAGUUCCACUAUUGCCGUAGUUACUGCAUUUGCAUUUUAAGAAAGGACCCUCACCGCAUCUAAAACACUAUAUGCUGGUGAUCAGCAAUGCUGCUCCUUUCAACAUGGUCGCAGUUUAUUUAUUCACCACUUCCCCGGAGGACAUUUCUCGCCGAUAAAACAUUUUAUAAAGUUGUGGCCCGUGUGUGCACAGAUGUAUACAGUAAAGUCGCAUAGCAAAUGCAUUACAUCAUUAUAAUAUAUAUAUAUAUAUAUAUAUAUAUAUAUUAUAUAAAAAAAUAAAUAAAACUACGCUGCCACUUUCAGUUUACUGAUGUACUGCAGGGAAGCCCUUUAAUAGGUUUUGUUAGUUUCCGAUUCUCCUCUUUGAGGGUCAGUUCCUCCAUAAUGCAAAGACGGCUAUUGUUCUAUGAACAAUGCUAUUAUUUCUUUUACUGAAAAUGUGAAAUAAUGUAAACAGCUGUUUAAAAAUACAUUGAGACAUUUGAGAGGUUAAAACUGGUGCUUUUGUCAUAGAGGUGUGUUGGAUUCAUAUAGACACGGAUUGGUUUUACCAGGACAAUCAACAUGUAUACACUCGCACUCACACAGAAACAAUAUGUUUAGUAGUGCAUAGGCCUCACUGUCCACCCUCUAAAUGGCACCAUUAUCUUUUUAAGAUACAUGUAAUUACUUAUAAUUACAAAAUUAAGCAUAAAACCAUACUCUUUACCAGCUGUUCUCUACCACACACCACCUUUUCAUUUGUCAGUCAUUCAAGGCUUCUCUGCUAAGAAAUCACAAUAUCGUAGGCAGUUGAGUGAAUGUUCAGCUGUGUAGAACUUCAGUACAGAUGUUUCGCUGCCUGUUCAGCAAUAACCUGAAUGGUUUCAUUAAAUUUCAUGGCACAGACACAAUUUGACAUCCUCGCUUUGGUAGACUAUAUGGAAAUAGUGAUUCUUUCCAUUUACAAUGCUCUGAAUAAUCGAAGUCUUAGACAAAGCAGGAUGUUGAGAUUUGUCUGUGAUGCUCUGAUGACUUUUCUGAGUGUGAGGUGAGAUUCCAGGCAGUUUUGCUAUGUAUUCACAGUUUUCACUCUCAAAUGUUAACCAUAACCCUAAAAUGAAAAUACAGUACUUUGGUCAUAGUUUUCCAUGACUAACUCAUCAAGGGGAGGGAUUUUCUCUUUUUUUUUCCAGCACAUCUGAUGUAAUGUUGUUUGAAUACGUGAGACCUCUCAUAAAUGGGCUAUAACAGUGAGUUUUGAGAAAAGUUUGGCUUCAAACUUGUUUUGAAUCAUUAAAUAUAUCAAUAAUGAGGAGAAUCUAAUGCCAAAUAUACAUUAUUUAUAGAAAAAUAUAUACAUAUAUUGAUAAAUGAAUAUAUGCCUAAUUUAAAUAGAUUUUUUUUUGCUCUAACCCAUGUUUAUUUGAACUUUAUCAAGAUUAUUUUAUAAAGCUAUGACAGCAUGCCGGAUCGUAACAAAAAUUGAAUGUAUGAUUUGAUGUUUCAUUGCUGUUAGUUGUUUUGGCAUUUUACAAAUAGUUUGGUAUUUGUACAAUUAAUUUGCUUUUUUAUUUAUAAGUUGAGUCAUAUUCAUAUCUCUAAAUAUGAAAUGUUGGGUUUUUUGCAGAUGAGGAUUGUAUGAAGGGUUUGGUCCUUCUCUGCUUUAGUUUUGCUUCAGUAUUUUGCCUAAUUUCAGAUUUGAUCAAUCUGCCUCUUUGAAUAAUUGAAUAUUAAGUAUGAUAAUUUGUUGUACAUAGAACUCCUAUUAAACUUUUUUGAAGAAAAGAAAUAAUUGUAUUGUUUUCAUUUGUUCUGAAUGUGUCAUCAUUUGACUCAAAUAUAAAAUGCUAAG